AUGGGGAAAACCUACACGGACGCAGAGCGCGCUCGGGUUCUGGCCGCUACCGAUGAGGGGGAGAACUGGAGGCUGAUUGCCCUACACAAUGGGGUUCAUCUGGUGACUGCUCGGCGGUGGGUUCAACAAGCAAAGCAAACGGGAGACUUCAUGCCGCAGAAGGACAUGAGAGGAGGGGCCUACAAUCGCAAACUGCAGAGCCACCACAUUGACUUCCUAGAGGACGUUCGUGUAGGGAUCGAGACGGUGCGCGCAAACUUAGAGGCACGCUGCUUCACGGCCAAGAAGACGCACAGAGACAACAACUACCGGAACGUUUCGGUAAACAAGGUGAAGAGGCAGGAGUUCGCGAUGAAGCUGCUGCAGUAUGGGUGGAGCAAAGCGGGGCGGCGCGCAGUGGACAUGGGUACGUCGUCCAAGAGCAAGAACAUCCACGUCAUCGCGUGCAUCUCGCGCGAUGGCGUGGAGUACCACGAAGGACGCUUCGGCUCGUUCGACAGCGAGGCAGCGAACGAAACCCUACGCGAGGGGCCGUUGAGCAAUGUCAUUGUUGUGCUAGACAACGCUCCAUGCCACAUGAACGUGGAGGACGUAUGUGAGGAAGCGGAGUUUGCGGGGGCUGAGUGCUUGCGUCUAGGCCCUUACUCACCCAUGCUCAACGGCAUUGAGAACGUCUUCUCCGUGUACAAGGCGGCGGUGAAGAGGUACAUGGCGGCCAACAGGAGCAGUAUCUUGAGUGUUCCCGAGGGUACAAAGAUCGCAGUGCACCGUUCAGCGUUUCUCCUCCACGCCGCCAACGUGAUCUUCCCUGAGGUUGUGACUCUUGCUCUGUGCAGCAAGUGCAUCCAUCACACCUUCGCGUUUAUCGCCGACGCAAUUCUGAUGAAAGACAUGCAAGCAGGCAAACAAGUGUACCAAAUAUAG